UCUCUCUCUUGGUCCACUCCCGUUUGAACUCCAUCGUUGCCGGACCUGGCCCUCGGAGUGGAGGCAACGCCGUCGAUGACCUGCAUUGAAUCCGGCGAUCAUCUUCCCUUGUAGCUCUGCUUCUUGUGCAGAGGAGAGUUUCACCGAUUUCAGAAUGUCUGGUCCAUCAUGGUUGGUUGAUAGUAAAAGAAUUGCAUCAAAAAUCAAGAAUGCAACUGAAAUAGUCGAUCCGAGUAAAUUCAAAUGGAAAAGCAACCCUUGCAAAGCUUGUCCGAGCUGCAAUCAUGUUAUAGAUAACAGUGAUGUUGUCCAAGAUUGGCCAGGCUUACCAAAAGGUGUGAAAUUUGAUCCAUCUGAUCAAGAACUGGUUUGGCAUUUGCUUGCAAAAGUCGGGCAAGGAGAUCGAAAACCACAUCCAUUUAUUAAUGAGUUCAUUCCGACUGUUGAUGAAGAUGAUGGAAUAUGCUAUACUCAUCCACAGAAACUACCCGGAGUUAAACAAGAUGGAAGUAUGUCACACUUUUUUCAUAGAACAUUCAAGGCAUAUAACACUGGGACUCGGAAACGUCGAAAAAUUAAUUAUGAUGAUGGAGAUGUCCGUUGGCACAAGACAGGAAAGACAAAACCAGUGGUCAUAGAUGGGGAGCAUUUGGGAUGCAAGAAAAUAAUGGUCCUGUAUAUGAGCACAACAAAAGGUGGUAAAUGUGAGAAAACUAAUUGGGUGAUGCACCAAUACCAUCUGGGCACCGGCGAGGAUGAGAAAGACGGGGAAUAUGUUGUUUCUAAAAUAUAUUAUCAGCAGCAGUCUAAGCAGAUUGAAAAGAGUGGACAAGAUCUUCAGCCGGAAAUUGUGGAAGCUGAAUUUGUAGAAGUAGAAUCUGUACCAUGUCCCAAGUCAGUGAAUCUGCAGGCUGUGGACAAGGAAUCACCUACUCUUACUGCCAGCAAUAUAUCUGAUGCGGAAGUUUAUUGUCAUGAGACUAGGGAUGCAGAUAAUUGUCGUCGCAUUCAGUGCGAGAACACCGAGAAGAUCAAUGAUCAGGAAAACCCACCCCUGGCAAAAGAGAACGAAUGGUGGGAAGGUGAAUCCCAGUUUUUGUUGGACUCUCAGCAACUAGCAGAAGGUAUUGCAAUAUGCGAAGAGUUUCUUCAAAGCCAAUCUUCUUGUGGAGGAGACGAGCCAAAAAUCAGCAAACCUCGCAUAUCAGACUAUGCUCAUAUGGGUGUUGAAAACUUAAAGAAGGAUUUAGAGGAAUGCCAGAAUUUGCCUCAAGUUGAUCGUUCAAAUAUCGAGUUUGAUACUCCUCCUGACAUGAGGCUAAGCCAAUUGGAGUUUGGUUCACAAGAUAGUUUUCUGGCAUGGGCAGGGACAAAGCUCGCAGACUGAUUAUCUGUUCGGUAUAUACUUUAUAUACUUUAUGGCCUAAUUUAUCACUCGUUCAAGGCGCCGCAUUUUUGCGAAUUUUUGUUCUGUAACUGUUGACAAGAAUGUUGGAUUUUUAUGUUCAGCAUUUUGAUCUCUGUUGCAGUUAGUGUCAUGAACAAGGCCAAACAUUCUGCAAUACAGAGGCUGUAUAAUGUUAGUAUGACCAAUUAUAUAUAUGCUGUGAAACUUUAUUCAA